CGACGGCAUCACUGAGUCACGGCUCUCGCCGUCGCCCAUCGGCCAGCUUGUUGAGAACAGCUGCCAUCGACAACAGCUGCCCAUGGCUGCAUACAUGCAUCCAUCACAUCGUCCGCCCACACACACACACACGCACAGAUAGAUGGACAGACAGGUGCAUGUCAUGUUGCGUACAUGUAUGGGUGUCGUACCGUUGUUCGAGCCCGGGCAUGUUGGGAGUGUUGGUGUUGAUGUCCGUGGGCUGCUGCAGGACGUGGCCGAGAUGCUUCUUCAGAGCCGCAAGCUCCCGCUCAAUCUUCCUGCGAUCACUCUCGGCCUGCAAGGCACACACAUGAAUGCACGCACGCGUAUCAGCCAGAAUGAUGGACGCGUGGUUGUGUGUUGGUGCGUGCCUUGUCGAUAUCGGCAUCUAUGUGCUUGAUAUCCUCCUGCUCCAGCUGCUGAAUCUGCGCGGGGCACAGGCCCCGCACACACCACACACACAUGGCAGGCACCCCGCCCGACCGUUAUGUGUCCACCCACCCACCUGUUGUUUGAGUGCGUCAAUGUCUGCUUGGCACUGCUGGUUGGCCUGCAGGACGGCCGCCUGGCUGCUCUGCAACUCCGACAACACAGCCUCGAUGUCAGGCCUGCAACCAUCCAUGCAUGCAUCCCUCAACCCAUCCCUCCCUGCAUCGAUAAAGUCGCCUCUCUUGGUUUGUACGUACGUCUGCUGCAGUUGCUGGCUGAGCGACGCCAACUUCUCGCUAUACUCGGCCGCACGGGCGGCAUUGACACCUACAACUGACACACACAGAGGAGAUAGAAGAGGGAGGACGCUGAUGAGAGAGAGAGCCCCGUGGCUGCGCUGCGUGGGUACAUUGUUUGUUGCUGGCUUCCAGCUGUUCCAUGUGGGCAACGGCGGCCGUGACGCUAUCGACGAACUGACGGUCCCGCUGCUCACCCUGAUGCAGCGGAUCUGCCACUGACAGACAUUCACACCACAGCACGCACAGCGCACCAGACAAGGGAUGCUCUGCUCACGACGCUCAUCGCCGGCCUGUCCGCACCAUAGUUUUUGUUUGUGUUCUUUGUAGCGAUGAGUGUGGCUUCAUUGGUCUGCUGGAGCCUCUCCAUCAGCUGCUGCGCCGCCUCCAACGUCCUCAUUAUAUCAUGCCCACCCGGACCCAGCGAACCACUCACGCCCUGCCACCACCGCACAGCACAGCAUGGACGCCCUGCCAGAUUUAUGCGAUGUUGUUUGCGCGCGUCGCGUCCAUACCGCAGUAUCUUCGUCCAUCUCUCCAUGACUAUCACCACCGGCGGCUGCAUCUUUGCUGACGUCCACGGCGUCCAGCGACCUGGGGAGGAAGAAGAUGCAUACAAGGACAGUGACGAAGUGAUGUUAGAUCAGCUCACGCGUGGACGGCAGCUAUCUGCUCGCGCAACGUCUUCGCCAUACCCCAAAC